AUGGAUCCGUUUGACAGUCGCAAUUCAGAGCGGAUAAACCUACCUCGAAACAUGAUAGAGAACAGCAUGUUUGAAGAAGAGCCUGAUGUUGUUGACUUAGCAAAAGACUCCACCACCUUUCCCACAUUUCCUCCUCUAGACCCUGAUGAUGUGGUGUAUGAGCCAUGCAGCUCUCGGCUACUUGUUCGGGGCCUGGCAGAAAACGACCUGGACGAUGAAGAGGAAGACUGCGAAUCUUCGGCUCGACUUCUUGGUAUGUCCUUCAUGAACUGCAGCUCUACUCAAGGAGUUGCUGCCUCACCUUACACGCGGCAAGAUGCACCAAGCUCCUGCUCUCGGCCCUCUACACGCACAAUGGUUGUGUGUGUGCUCCUGUUGGUCAUAGUUGUCUCUAUGACCAUGGUACUAUACCUGUUACCCGGUUGUACAUUUACCAAGACUGGUUGCCCAAAACAGAAUGAAACAAGUCCCUCUGAAGUCGUCUAUCCUAUUGCCACUAAUGGCGAAGUGUUUCCCUGGGCACAGCUGCGGCUUCCACAAAGCAUACGCCCCCUCAGCUACGACCUCACCCUGAACCCAGACCUUGACAAAAUGACAUUCACUGGACACGCUGUCAUCUCCAUGUUUGUUCGGCAUAAUACUAAGCACAUUGUUCUGCACGGCAUGAAUCUCAAUAUUACUACAGCAACAUUUAAGCUCGGUGACGGAAAGGCUACCGCAGUGACUGUUCUGGAGUAUAAACAAAAGCAACAAAUAGCUGUCAAGCUCACAGAGGACCUGCCGGCUGGCCAGCACUGUGUUUUGACUCUAGAUUAUUCUGCUGACCUUUCUCACACAUAUGAUGGCUUUUACAACAGCUCGUACAUUGACAAAGAAGGGAACACAAUGGUGCUGGCUGCAACACAGUUUGAGCCUUUAUCAGCAAGAAAGGCAUUUCCAUGUUUUGAUGAACCGUCUUUCAAAGCUACUUUUCACAUUAAAAUCAGUCACAAGGAAGACUACAUGUCCCUCUCCAACAUGCCCAAGAGAAAAACCACCAAGUUACCAAAUGGUCUAGUUCUGGAUGAAUUUGAAAAGACCAGUGUCAACAUGAGCACCUACCUUGUCGCAUUUAUAGUUUCCAACUUUACUCCAAUCAGCAAAAACGUCUCAAAUACCUUGCUAUCAGUUUACUCCGUACCAGAGAAAAAAGAACACACUAGCUUUGCUCUUGAUGCAGCCUCCAAAUUGCUGGAGUUCUACAACAACUUCUUUGAUAUUCCUUAUCCUCUCCAAAAGCUUGAUCUAGUAGCAAUCCCGGAUUUCCUGGCAGGUGCUAUGGAAAACUGGGGGUUAAUCACCUUUAGGGAAACCAGUCUUUUGGUGGGUUCACUUUCCUCUGCACUUGAAAAACAAGUGGUUGCCUCAGUUGUAGCUCAUGAACUUGCACAUCAGUGGUUUGGAAACCUUGUGACUAUGAGCUGGUGGAAUGAUUUGUGGUUGAAUGAAGGCUUUGCUACUUACAUGCAGUAUAUGUCAAUACAACAUGUCUUGCCUGAGCUGGACAUUGAAAAUGUGUUCCUUGAUGUGCGGUUAAGAGCAAUGGAGAAAGAUGCGUUGAACUCAUCUCAUGCUGUUUCAACUGAAGUCAACACCCCAGAGCAGGUGGAAGAGAUGUUCGACUCAGUCUCCUAUGAAAAGGGAGCGUCUAUUCUCCUGAUGCUUAAUGCCUCGCUCCCAAAAGACCAACAGUUCAGAAAAGGGAUCAUACAAUAUCUGAAGCAGUUCAGCGGACUAAACACAUACACAAAUGACCUCUGGAACAGUCUCACAGACGUGAACCAGAACGUGUCAGAGAUGAUGAGCUUGUGGACGUCGCAGAAAGGUUUUCCUCUGGUCACAGUUGCUCGUAAAGAACAGGAGGUUACUGUCACCCAAGAGCACUUCCUUCUAACGUCUGAUAAUGCCACUCAUUCCUCCAGUGUGUGGCACAUCCCUGUGAGCUACAUUAAUGACAGCUGUAGUUUGGCUGCUGAGUGCAGACAACUGUUCACCCUAAAGACAAAAUCAGCUACAAUAAAGUUGCCUGCAAAAGUAAAGUGGAUGAAGUUGAACUAUAGAAAUACAGGCUUUUACAUUGUGGACUAUGGAAAAGAAGGCUGGAGUGAACUCUGUGGUGCAUUGGCAAAUAAUUAUCAAAUUCUUACAAGUGAAGAUCGAACAUCAUUAAUACACAACAUUUUUGCCCUUUCCAGGCUUGAUCGUGUGUCAUUUCAGCAAGUUCUCCAGGUUCUAAAAUACUUGUCCAAUGAGACGGAGACCACUCCCGUCACAGAAGCGCUGCUGCAGCUUAACACCGUCUACAACCUGCUCGAUAAACGCCACGAACAUGAACUCGGAGCUCGUUUAAAGGCGUAUAUAUUCAGUCUUUUUGGGUCUUUGAUUAGAAAUCAAACAUGGGAGGAAAUAGACAGUGUGUCAAAACAAGAACUGCGCUCUGCACUGCUUCAGACCGCAUGUCGACUUAAUGACGAAAGCUGCAUAGAAAAGGCUAAAGACAUCUUCAAAAGAUAUGUUGAAUCGAAUGGGACUAUGCGAAUCCCUGGGGAUUUGCAACAAGUUGUUUUCAACGUAGCAGCGCAGUCAAAUGACUGGUCUACUUUAUUUACUUUAUACGGAAUUACCAACUAUGAUGCAGAAAAAAGAAAAAUGUUAAAGGGCUUGGCCUCCUCUCAAGACUCCCAACAGGCUGUAUGGAUUUUACAAGAAGGACUCCGAGGGCAGAUUGUUCAGACACAGGAGUUACCUUUAGUCAUUGCCACUGUGUGUAAUGGCUUUGCUGGCAACUUGUUUGCCUGGGAUUUUAUUCAGGAAAACUGGGAUGGACUGAUUGAAAAAUUUCCUAUUGGAUCAUUUGCAAUUCAGAGAAUUAUCAAGUCUAUAACUUCUCAAUUUUCCACCAAGUCACACCUUGACCAAGUUCAGGGUUUCUUCUCCAGCUUAAAGGAGCGUGGCUCCAACAUGAGAAGUGUACAGGAGGCUUUGGAAACCAUCAAACUCAACAAGCGCUGGAUGGACACUAACCUGGCCUCUCUCCGAAAGCAUCCUUCUAACCCAGGCCAGGAGCAGCUCCAAAGCCUACGUUUGCCCUGUCUUGAGCAAAGCUUUUGGAUUCAAAAAGGGGAAACAGCGAUGUAA